AUGGAAAUAGAAUUCAUAGACAGUUCACUGGGGUUCGAGAAAACAUCCAAUACGGAUGGCCUGCUCAUCGGGCAAAACAGCCCUGCAGAUAUAGGCUACAGUGUCAGCCCCAAUAUAAUCAAAUACUUGACAUUACCCAUGGACCCCGAUUGUCAGCAAAUGGGGUUAGCCCGGGAAGAUCGCAACGAUACGAUCCAGAGACCACAUUUUAGAAACAGCAACGAAAAGCGCGAGGACGAUAUGGUCUUCAAAGGAGACACUACAAACCCAAUUGGAUCGCAUAGCCGCCGGUCAUCGCGAUCAAGUAAUAAGCCAACUAGCGAUGAGUCUGGGGUCGAAAAACGUCAGCGAAACCGUGUAGCUGCGACAAAAUGUCGAAAGAAACAGAAGUUGGAAAAUUCGGAGCUACAAGAAAGGGCGCGGGUUAUGAGCGAGCAGCAUGACUACCUCAUCGCACACAAAGCUUCCCUCGAGUUGGAGAUGAUUAACCUAAAGAACGAACUCCUGCUCCAUGGAAGCUGUGGCUGCGAGACUAUCACCGAUUACCUGAUGCAAGCCGCGAGGAGGUUUGUUAGAGGACGCGAUGAAGGGACUCAGAGCAGGGAGAAUGCAGAAGAACUACAUGAGCAACUAUCUUAUACUGCUGCUCGUGAAGCUUGUAUGCUAUGA